UCAAUUUUUUUUUUAUUGAUAUUUCCGAUUGACGAAAUUUCGUCGACGUCAUUUUGUAUGGUAUAGGAAUAUACGAUAUACCUAGUAUUAUAAUAUUACUAUCGUAGUGUACACCUUAUUGUGUCUUACUUUAGUGUCUUUCACAACAACUCGACGUUUUGUUUAACUUUUUCUGCUUUCGUCUAAAUAAAAACACAGCUUCGCGACGCUGACGUGUGGAACGAUAAUAAUAGUUAUUUUUAAUUAUUUACAAUAAUUUAUUAGCGUGGCAAUAGUUUUUUGUUAUUCGUUAAACAUUUUUGAUUUCGCGUUCUUGGUUUGUCCAAGCGUAUCUGAUUAGAGAUUCAACCGGCCACGGCGUCCGGUUAGGACACACAGCGUGUUAUUAACAAAUUACGAUGGAUGAAGAAUACGACUGUAUCGUGUUGGGCACCGGUCUCAAGGAGUGCAUCCUAUCUGGAAUGCUGUCAGUUUCAGGUAAAAAAGUGUUGCACGUCGACCGCAAUAAGUACUAUGGUGGUGAGUCGGCGUCGAUCACGCCGCUGCAGGAGCUGUUCCAGAAGUUUGGCUUGAAAGAACCCGAUGAAAAAGAGCACGGGCGCGGCCGUGACUGGAAUGUCGACCUGGUGCCGAAGUUCCUCAUGGCUAAUGGUUUACUGGUCAAGCUGCUUAUACAUACAGGCGUUACGCGCUACUUGGAGUUCAAGUCGGUCGAGGGCAGCUACGUGUACAAGGGUGGAAAAAUCUACAAGGUACCUGUUGACCAAAAGGAAGCACUGUCGUCGGAUCUGAUGGGAAUAUUCGAGAAGAGGCGAUUCAGAAAUUUCCUGAUAUUUGUGCAAGACUUCCAGGAGAACGACCCCAAAACAUGGAAGGAUGUCGACCCACAGCGUAUGUCUGCACAACAGUUGUAUACCAAAUUUGGUUUGGACAAGAACACUCAGGACUUUACUGGUCAUGCUCUAGCUCUCUAUUUGAAUGAUGACUACAUUAAUGAACCUGCUGCCAAUUUGAUCAGACGUAUUAAGUUGUACAGCGAUUCUCUUGCACGUUAUGGAAAAAGUCCGUAUUUGUAUCCUUUGUACGGACUUGGAGAACUACCUCAAGGUUUUGCUCGUCUCAGUGCUAUUUAUGGUGGUACUUACAUGUUGAAUACUCCUGUUGAUGAAAUUGUUUUUGAAGGAUCGAGUGUUGUUGGCAUUAAAAGUGGUGGUGUUGUCGCUAAAUGUAAACAAGUUUUCUGUGACCCAUCCUAUGUAAAAGAAAGAGUGAAAAAAACUGGUCAAGUUAUCCGUUGCAUAUGCUUAUUGAAUCAUCCUAUACCAAACACCCGUGACGCACUUUCUACUCAGAUCAUAAUUCCACAGAAUCAGGUUAAUCGUAAAUCAGACAUUUACGUUUCAUUAGUAAGUAACACUCAUCAAGUGUCUGCACAAGGAUGGUUUAUUGCUAUGGUUUCUUCCAAAGUAGAAACUGGUAACCCAGAAUUGGAGAUCAAACCUGGUUUGGAUUUGUUGGGACCCAUCAAACAGAAAUUUGUAUCCAUUUCUGAUUAUUAUGAACCUAUUGAUGAUGGAAAAGAUAGCAAAGUAUUUAUUUCAAAGUCAUAUGAUGCUACAUCGCAUUUUGAAACAACGUGCUUGGAUGUUUUGGAUAUUUACAAACGAGCCACUGGAGAAGAGUUUGAUUUUUCUAAAAUUAAAUUAGAAAGCGAAGAUGCCUAAUUUACUAAAAUGCAUUUUCAUCAUAUAUUAUUAUAUUAUAUCUCAAUGAGAAAUUGUUUCUAUUUCAUAUUAUCUCGUAAUCAGUUUAUUGCCAAAUAUUGUUCUAAAUUUUUUUUGAGAAUUGAAAAUAUCAUUGCAGUCAAAUUAUGAAAUUAUUCCCUAUGGGUCAAUGAAAUAGGUACCUAAAGUUAAGAAUAUUAUGGUAGAAAUAUCUUAUUAAUUUAAAACAAAGUUAUUGUCAACAACCCUUUAGAUAAUCAUAAAAUAUAUAAAUAUUUAACAUAUAUGAAUAUUAUACAACUUUUUGUAAUUUUUAUUUUGUUUCUAUUAUUUCAUCCUUUUUGUAAAAAAAUAUUUAUCAUAAGUUUUACCUGUUUUUUUUUUUUGUCAUUUUUACAUUAUUGGCGUUAUCACGUAAUUAUGUUAAUGGGCGAUUUUCUUUAUGUAUGAAAAAUUUCGUGAUGUCAAUAUACAAUUUUAAUAAACCUACAAAAAUAUUUUAA